AUGAAUUAUAACGGAUCAAACGGCAAAGAAAUUAAAGAACUGAUACUUGAUUCUUCAAGAAAGAAACAUUCCAGAUUACCAAGAUUCGAACAUACUGGUCAGCAAGAACUGCCGAUUCAACAAGAUGGCGCGACUCCUUGUAAGAAAAGAAAAUUCGACGAUUCAAUCAAGUGGGUUCAAUCUUCUAAUUUACUUACAAAGGAUUUAAAAUUCGAUGGCAGCGGUUCGGGAAUUAGGUCGACGCUUUUAAAUGAGAAUUCCACCGAAUUAGAAAUAUUCGAACAAUUAUUUACAGAAGAAAGUGUAAAUUUAAUCGUACAAGACGCUAAUCGUCAUCAUCAAUACUUAAAAAAGACACAUGAAGUUUCCGAACGGAUGUUUAAAUGCGAAGACACAAACAGAAACGAAAUUAUGCUGUUUCUGGCAUUGUAUAUUAGAAUAAGGCAGGGAAAAUUCUCGUCAAAUUGCAAAUAUUUGUCUGUAGAUUGGUCAUGGUGUGAAUCGUUUUUUUACGAUACGAUGGAAAAAAAUCGCUUUUUCAUGCUAAUGGAAAUGUUGCAAUUUGCAGAUUCGCCUAAUCAUCAAAUAUCAGACAGAUUACAUAAACUUUGUAGGUUAAUGAAUAGCAUGAGAAAUUCGUUUACAAAUGCAUUUUAUCCUUUCGAAAACCUGUGCAUUGAUGAAAUACGUCUUAGCUGGAACGACCGACCAUUUCGUAAUUGUGAUUCUUUGCAUCGGAGUCAAUUUUAUGCAGAUUUAGUUACGCUGUCAGAUUGUAAAACUGGAUACAUAGUCGAUUUUAUUACUUAUACCGGCGAAGAUACGGCAGUUUCACCUUCGUUUCCUCAGCAUCACGAUCUGGUCGUAUUAACAUUAUUACAGCCUUAUUUGGGAAAAGGUCAUAAAUUACAUCUGAAUAAUCUAUCUACGUCUACCUUAUUAUUUGAACGUUUAUACAAAUAUGGGGUUGAGGCAUGUGGUUUUGUAAAACUAUCAAGAGAUCAUUUUUUCUUCGAUAAUAAUCAUUUAAAGACAAAAGUGAUAAAAGAAUUCGAUAGAGGCGAAUCGCACUUUCAAUACUUCAAAGAAAGCAAGAAAAUUUGGAAAUCGUCUGCAAUUGAAGAGCACGGAAUAGUCGAACGUGCGAGCUUAUCUAAAAGAAAUGCCCAUAUCAUUGAUAUUCCACUAAAUUGGUAUACAAACUUAUUUUUACUUAUACUGCGCGUUACUAUAAGAAACGCUUAUGUGUUACGCAAAACAAUGGGCGAAAAUAACGUAAGUUUUGCAACAUUCAAAGUGAAUCUUCUCAAACAAAUCGAUGCUAAAUACGGCACGAAAAAGUGGGGAAAUACAGGUGAUAGUCUCAUUUGUGAGAAUAUAUGA